AUGUAUACUUCUAUUAAGUGUUCAACAAUUUACCCAAAUAAAAUUAAUAUUCCUUAUAUUGCUCACUCUUCGCCAUUCCAAAUUGACAGUUCUCAAUUCCAAGACAUAGGAAGCUUGUGCCUUAUAAAAAAAUUCAUAAAUGCGAGCCCAUGCUUUCUUGUGCCAAUUGCGUUUCAUAUGUCGCUUUGUCCGAAGCGUGAAAUAUCCAAUUAUUUAAGUGCCAACGAAAAUGUUGUAAAUAAACCCAAUGAGUUGGGAAGAAAACUCGACUCUGAGCUGGAAAAACUAAAAACAUCGCUGCUCAAAACCAAAAAGCUCCAGGAGAAACUUGAGAGAGCCGAAUUUUCUUUCUACAAAGAUGGUCCAACGUAUGAGCGGAGACUUGUUUUUUUGGUGUUUCGGCCAGCUGACACAAAGGAAAUGGAUGUCAAACUGCCUAAUUUUAAAUUUGAAGAUGGAAGUUAA